CAUUCUCUUACAGGGAACCCCCCUGUCAUGUGCAGGUGAGGCCAAGGAGUGCCGUGCUGAACAUGCUCAGAAGACUGGAUAGGAUCAGGUUCAGAGGCCACAAGAGAGAGGACUUCCUUGAUCUCGCCGAGUCCCCAAAUGCCUCGGACACCGAGUGUGGAGACGAGAUCCCCCUGAAGACGUCACGGCCCUCGCCCCGGGACAGUGAGGAACUCAGGGACCCUGCUGGUCCAGGGACCCUCAUCAUGGCGGCAGGCGUGCAGGACUUCAGCAGGACCGAGUUCGAUCGACUGAAUGAGAUCAAGGGUCACCUGGAAAUCGCCUUACUGGAAAAGCACUUUCUUCAGGAGGAGCUCCGGAAGCUUCGAGAAGAGACCAACUCAGAGAUGCUGCGGCAGGAGCUGGAUCGGGAGCGGCAACGUCGGAUCGAACUGGAACAGAAAAUGCAGGAGGUGCUAAAGGCCAGGUCGGAGGAGCAGCCAGCUCAGCCUCAGCAGCCGGCAAAGGGACAGAGCCAGGCCAGCAACGGCACAGGCACAGAGCGCCGCAGCCAGGGGCUGUCCUCCCGUGUACAGAAGUGGUUCUACGAGAGGUUUGGGGAGUACGUGGAGGACUUCCGCUUCCAGCCAGAGGAGAACACAGUAGAGACGGAGGAGCCCCUCAGUGCCCGCAGGUUAACUGAAAACAUGAGAAGAUUGAAGCGCGGUGCCAAGCCUGUCACUAACUUCGUGAAGAACUUGUCUGCCUUAUCUGACUGGUACUCUGUCUACACCUCUGCCAUCGCCUUCACAGUAUACAUGAAUGCUGUAUGGCAUGGCUGGGCCAUUCCCAUGUUCCUGUUCCUAGCAAUUUUGAGGUUGUCCCUCAAUUACCUCAUCGCCAGGGGCUGGAGGAUACAGUGGAGCAUUGUGCCAGAAGUGUCUGAAGCUGUGGAACCUGCGAAGGAAGAUCUGACCGUGUCCGAGAAGUUCCAGCUGGUGCUGGAUGUUGCCCAGAAAGCACAGAAUCUCUUCGGCAAGAUGGCCGACAUUCUGGAAAAGAUCAAGAACUUGUUCAUGUGGGUGCAACCUGAGAUCACGCAGAAGCUGUAUGUCGCCCUGUGGGCCGCCUUCCUGGCUUCUUGCUUCUUCCCCUACCGCCUGGUGGGGCUUGCUGUUGGCCUCUAUGCUGGCAUCAAGUUUUUCUUAAUUGACUUCAUCUUCAAGCGCUGCCCAAGACUUCGAGCCAAGUACGACACACCCUAUAUCAUCUGGAGGAGCCUGCCCACUGACCCCCAGCUCAAGGAGCGUGCUGGUGCCACCGUGUCACGCAGGCUGCAGACAGCAUCCUCACGGAGCUACGUCUCCAGCGCUCCAGCCGGGCUGAGUAAGGAUGAAGACGCCGGUCGAUUUCACAGCACCAAGAAGGGAAACUUCCACGAAAUCUUUAACUUGACCGAAAACGAGCGCCCACUAGCAGUGUGUGAGAAUGGUUGGCGUUGCUGCCUCAUUAACCGAGACCGGAAGAUGCCCACGGACUACAUCAGGAACGGGGUUCUGUAUGUGACAGAGAAUUACCUGUGCUUCGAAAGCUCCAAGUCCGGGUCGUCAAAGAGGAACAAGGUGAUCAAGCUGAUGGACAUCACCGAUAUCCAGAAGUACAAAGUCUUGUCUGUCCUCCCCGGCUCGGGCAUGGGAAUUGCUGUAUCUACACCAUCAACUCAGAAACCCCUGGUAUUCGGCGCCAUGGUGCACAGAGACGAAGCCUUUGAGACCAUUUUCAGCCAGUAUGUGAAAAUCACGUCUGCAGCAGCCUCUGGCGGUGACAGCUAGUAUUGACACUGAGAUGUUGCUGGAAUCUUUUCCAACCAUUGGCUAGAGGAGCAGGCGUCCUCACCAUCCUCGGCAAUAAUUCUCCCGGACCUAUUGGCCUCGAUUCUGCAGACCAAAAGGGCUGGAACUCACACGGAGCGGUGCCGGGCUGGCCCGUGCUGAGCGCGUGAAGUACCUUCGUGACCACCUGUGGACACAGGUGGGCUGAGGCUCUUCGUCACCUGUUUGAAGGAUGGCACACAAGACACUGGACCUCAGGCCCUGCUAAGCACAGCUCCUCACUCUCCUUUCCGGCCUGGGUACAGACCCAGCCGCUGCUGUCCCGAGAGGCCCCUUGGUCUUAUAACCCCUGUUCUCCAGAGGCUUUUUCCACCAAAGCCAUAGCUGGGAAUGGUUGUGGCCUCUUCCUGCAGGGGUGGUAAGACAGAAACGGUGGGGAGGGCCCUCUCCAGUGACGAAAUGGCUAGUCAUCUCACCCAGCCCGCAGACCCUCCUUCCACAUUGGACCUACUGUGGGCACUUCGAGGCUUUGGGUAGGGCCUCUCAGGGCUUGGUGUUUUUGGGGUACCUCCCCCUCCAUUUUUCCAGUGUCACUCAUCAUGGCUUGACACUCCAGCCAAGAGGCCAGGCCAGUGGUUGGUGUCCGGUGAGGGUCCAGAAUGGCGCGUCGGCAAAAGCACACCUUUUUAACACUUUGCUCUUUGGAAGAUUUGGGGGGGGGCAUUCUCCACUCUGCUAUUAAGUGGUCAUCUGGCUGGCGUUUGGCCUCCAGACUGCAACCACUCUGGGUAACAGGGUGGGUUCAAGGAACUGUCCUGAGGGACUGUCAGGGAGAUUUGGCAAGGGCCCUGUGCCACAGGAGAAGGCUGUGGGCAGAGCCUAGAGGUUGGGGGCCCGAGUUGCCCUGCACCUCUAACAUCUAACAGUGUUCUCUCUUACUGCACUCCCAGCAAGGGCAAGGCAGAUCCCACCCUACCCAUGCUUCCUGCCCAGACAAAGGUGGAAACUUCAUGGGCGGGCGAUCUUGCAGGCCUCGGCCGCUGAAGGGGACAACCACUAUCCCCACCUGUGGAUUUUCCAGGUGGACCACUCUGGCUCCUUCAGCUUGUCCCGAGUCCUUCAAAUGUCACUGAGAUUGCUUUUUUGAAGAAACAGAAGAUUAUAUUUUUUACAGAGAGCAAGCUGUCUUUCUUAUUUUUGUAUCAUUUUUCAAAUGUAAUUUUUACCUUUGCUCCAACGCUCAUUUGCCCACGUGGGUGUGAGGCCCGGUGGCUUGGGCUCAUGACACCUCAUUCCCAGGGACUUCAGGCCACGCACUGGGGGUGGGAAGGGCUCGCCAGGCAACCAGAUCAAGCACACACGCCACGCCAGACGUGCAGCAAAGGCCACACAGCUCCAGGUACAUAGACGGAGGAUUCUGAACAGGGAGGCGGGACCCUCCUCCACCCAGGGGCGUGGCUUGAGCCCCUGGAUUAUGCUCAUGCUAUGAAGAGCAUGGAGCGAGACAAGGAACACCCCAACAUGCCAGAGGGGAGGCGACAUGGCCUCUGACCCGUCUGUGGGGAUGGCUUCGCAGGUGAUAGCCACACACGGUGGUUAACGCUUUAUGGACCCCGGCAGUGCCUGGGUUAGUGAGCACUGCCACCUAUCGUGCCACAGAGAGGCCUUAGGCUGUGGAGGCGUUCGGGGUGGAGUAAGUGGUUUAGUUUGAGUCUCUUUCUCUGGGAAAGAGAGAUGAAGACUGACCAUGGGCCAGGGCAGUGGGUCAGGGAGGUGACGGCGGCAGCCCCAAGUCCCACCGUUAGUUCCACCGUUGGCCACCGGCAGGUCUUUGGGUGGAGCUCAGGGGGACGGGGCUGGGCCAGGAGCCUAGGCAGCCUCUAGGCAUAGUUACAGAGACACUGGGGUUUGUACUGAACUGUGUGAUCUGGGCAGGUGUUUAAUUGCUGACUAAUCACUGACCUAGAAUGUUCAACUCUGUGUGUGUAAAGCUUGAGUCUGUUUGGGAUCUGUAAAUAAUUGUCACUGGUGUAACUUUUGUUCUACAAAAGGAUCAUAUUCUAUAAAGAACCGAAGAUAGGAAAAAAUUCCUCUGUCACUUUUUUUUAAAAAAAGAAACCCUUGUUUAGAUACAAAGUCUUGUAUAAAUUAUAAUUUUUAUUUAAUAAACCUAAAAUGCUCUGUGCUGA